AUGGAACAAGUAUUAGAUACAGAACAAGUAUCAGAUACAAAACAGGCAUCAAAUAUAGAACAAGCAUCAGAUACAGAACAAGUAUUCAAUACAGAACAAGUAUCUGUUAAAAGAUCUCAUACUCGCAAAGACCUAGAUCAAAAUUUGUUUAAGAUAUAUUUAUGGUUAAAACAAGAA